AUGAGCCACCAAUCCACUAUCGAAAUCUGUUACAACGCAUUCCUGCCCUGCCACUGCCUUCCUUUACAUCCCCAAAACUCCCUUUGUUUCCUUCCUUUUUUCCACCAGUUUAACUUUCACUCUUGUCCCUUUCCACUGUUCAAUCUUCAACCUGACACGAAGCUACGAUUCAAUAUGGCACUUCUUUCUUCAGCAGUCUUUACUUUCUUGUUGUUCUUCUCAGCGUUAUUCGCGUCCAGUGUUUAUGCCAUAGUAAGCGAUACCUACGUGCUCGACACGGAAUACUCCGGUCCAACUUUCUUCGACGGGUUCGAAUUCUUUACGGAUACCGACCCGACACACGGCUUCGUCUCUUACCAGUCCUAUGAGUCCUCUCUAUCCAAAUCCCUCAUCUCAACAAGCAACAAUGUAGCGCGUAUGAGCGUCGAUUCUACUACGGUGCUGAAAAGUGAUGAAAGCCUUGGCAUGAGAGCGAGCGUGAGGAUUAGUAGUAAGAAGCGGUAUACGCAUGGGCUGUUUUUGGUGGAUGUUAAGCAUAUGCCCGGGAAUGAGUGUGGUGUGUGGCCAGCUUUCUGGAUGUUUGGACCAAACUGGCCAAAUUCUGGGGAGAUUGAUAUUAUUGAAGGUGUCAAUCUUCAACAAGGAAAUGUCAUGACACUCCACGUCGGUCAAAACUGCACCAUCUCCGGUGCCCAAUCCCUCGGAACCCUCCAAUCAAACGACUGCAACCAAGACCACGGCUUCGGCUGCAGCGUCUCUUCCUCUUCCUCCACCUCUUAUGGUGACACCUUCAACUCCGCCAGCGGCGGCGUUUUCGCGACGCAAUGGACUUCAGACUACAUCCGUAUCUGGUACUUCCCCCGCGGAUUCAUCCCGACUAAUAUAGCGAAUGGACAGCCGGAUCCGAGUACUUGGGGUCUGCCUGAUGCGAACUUUCAGGGAAAUUGUGAUAUCGAUGCGAAUUUCAAGGACCAUCAGAUUAUUUUUGAUACUACGUUUUGUGGGGAUUGGGCAGCAGGUGUUUGGGACAAGGAUCCAGUGUGUAGUAAGAAGGCGACUACUUGCGCGGAUUAUGUGGCGAGUGAGCCAGGCGCCUUUGCAGAUGCGUACUGGGAUGUCAACUACGUGAAAGUAUUUUCUCUCACCGAGAAAUCUGCACCUACGUCGACAUCGGUCCUUUCACGCUCCACGUCAGAAUCACCAUCUCUUACCAGCUCUCUUUCUAUUUCGACUUCUGAAUUCGCAUCCACUAUCUACCUCAAUAGUACAACAAAAUCAACACCACCACUAUCCUCAACGUCGAUAACAGACCCAGAGCCUGAACAAACCACCGAUGUUACUAGCACAAUCGAAUCAUCGUCAUCACAAUUCUCAACAUUAAUACCAACCUCAAGGCCCGGACCAACCUUCAACGGCACGAGCGAAACAUUAUUAUCACAAUCACCCACUCACCGACCCUCAUCUCCAACAGCACCCUUCCCACCAUUCCCAACCAGUCCGCAAAACACUACGAUCCCCAAACCGCCUACCCUCCAAGACUUCACAUACGUCGGAUGUCUUUCAUCUUCAAUCUCUCCCUUCCCAAAUUUCACGCUCGCCGCUACGAACGAGAACAUGACGACCACACUCUGCGCUUCAGAAUGUAGCAAUGACGCUUAUCUGGGCACAGCCGGAACGUCCUGUUUCUGUGGCAAUAGUAUCCUCAACACUAAAGUCGAAUUUGAUUCUUCAUGUACGAUCCCGUGCCCUGGCAACCCAACGCAAGUCUGUGGUGGUUUCCAUUCAGCUUCGGCAGUCGACAGAAGAACCGAAUUCGAACAACAUCAUCAUCAACAUCUCGAAGACCCAGCCGAGCUAGCGAAACGUCAAUCCUUUGGCUUUCUUCUUACAGUCUUUCAGAACGACCUCAUUGUUAUCGAUUUGCCUGGCCUUUCGUCUUCCACCACAGCCGAUUCAACAGAAGUGCAUUUCGCUCCCUCAACUGGGGAGAUUCCAACACCCAGCACCACCCUGAGUGCAGUCAGCACGCUCAUCGGUGUACCUAUGGGCGUUAGUGAUACUGACAGCGUGGAACCUACAAUGGCUCCAACUGGUGUUCACUUCGGGGCUACACUCACUGGAGGCACGACGGAUAGUGUAACUGUUGCCGGCUCACUUAUUGGAAUUGGGAUGGGCGGUGGCUUGGGGAAGCCAACAUCUGUCCCUACUGUGACUACAAUCACGAUCGUACUGACGACAACCUAUACCGACAUCUGCAAAUGUGCAGCCUCGACACUACAGGUCUACACUACGACCAGCACACUGAUCUAUACUGAUUGCGGAUGUAAACAUCCAUCGACGCAUGAAAUUGAACACACGCACAUCCCAGAGGCCAAAACAGCCCACCAGAUACCAAUGACGACAAUAACGCGAAUUUGCGCAGACUGUGGCUCUGAAGGCAGAGUUACCCUUACCGUCCCCUGCACCGAGCCCACACAUGCUAUUUCUCCACCUAUUGAAACCAAGCCUCCUCACCAAGUAUAUAUUCCCAUCGCCAGCGUGACAGGCGCUGCACUCUUCGAGCAUUCUGCUCCAAACCCAGCAGCCCCUUCCCCUGUGGUCGAGAUCGUGACUUCAAUUGCGCAAGUCAUUCCUGUUCCCGUCUCUGUUUCUGUGUCCGUGCCUGCGGAAACGCCAUUGCAGAAUGGGAAUAAUCAGACAUUUGUUCUGAGCAAUACAGGAGAGGGCUUGAGGUGGAAGAAGGAGGCGAAAUGGGGCGUUUGUGUCGUGCUCGGGUUGGCAGGUGUUGGGGUUGGGGUUGUUUGA